AUGUCAGAAGAAGAUAUGAGAAAACGUGAAGUAAUUAAUGAAAAACGUUCUUCUACCUAUGACUCUCCUUUUUCAAAAAAGACGACUUCUUCGUCAAGGCUUGCGACUUAUAUAAUUGAACGGCAGAUAGGCAAAUUUAUAUGCUCAUUUGAAAUACACUUUGCAGAACUUCCUCUAAUAAUUAUAGGCACAAUUAUUCUUGGUUACCUCGUCAACCCAACUUCCAGAAAUCCUUUUUCAAAAUUUCUAUUCGUCGCAUAUCCGAUUGGAUCUCAUCAUGAUCAUACGAAGUUGACAAAAAUCUCUUAUGGAAAAGGAUUAUGGGAUUUGUGCUUGAUCUCUUUUUGGGUUGUAGUUUUCACUUUUACACGGGAAGCUAUCAUGCAAUAUGUGCUCAAGCCACUGGGAACUUGGGCGGAAAUUAAAAAAAGUAAACUUACACGAUUCAUGGAGCAGGGCUACGUGGUUAUUUAUUAUUCAAUAUCUUCGGCUGUUGGAGUGUAUAUGAUGCGCCAAAGCCCUUACUGGUAUUUUGAGACGAAGUACUUUUGGAUCGAUUAUCCUCAUUUUCAUUUGAGUGCAUUAGAAAAAUAUUAUUAUCUCAUUCAAUCCGGAUUUUGGCUUCAACAAGUCGUAAUUCUUAUUCUUAAUCUCGAGAAACCUAGAAAGGACUUUCUUGAACUUGUUGCACAUCAUGUUAUUACAUGUGUAUUGAUCGGUGGAAGUUAUUUAUUCAAUUUUACGAGAAUUGGGAAUGCAGUUUUCAUCACUAUGGAUUUUUCGGAUAUUUGGUUAGCGGUUGCCAAAUGUCUUAAGUACCUCCAAUUCCCGACACUAAUCACCGAUUCGAUGUUCGUUUUAUUUAUGAUAACAUGGGCAUACACGCGUCAUUAUCUCUACGGAUUCAUCACCUAUUCCACGGUAUUCGAGGCUUGCUUGCCGGACAUCAAUCCGUGUAUUUGGGACCCGUUGAACGGAUAUUGGCUGCACAAAUGGACUCGAUUCAUUAUCGCGCUUGGUCUAAUGGCGCUACAAAUUCUAAUGAUUUAUUGGUUUGUGCUGAUUCUACGUAUUGCUUGGCGAGUUUUAAAUGGAAAGAAUGCCGAGGAUACGCGGAGUGACACUGAAGACGAUGAGAUUACGCCUAGCAAUCCGACAAAUACAAAAAAAUCGGAUUGA